AUGAAACGCCCGCCAGGUCGUCAAAGUCGGAAUCAGACUUCAGCCAAGUCAAGCCUCCAGACAAUUCGUACGAAAAGAUCUCAUGCGUGGGAGGGAAUUGUGUGCCUCUUCAGCACUGAAGUUUCUCGCCGACGUGGAGAGCGCUUGGGAUUCUGCUUAAUAUUCUGGGUUAGGGGUCGGUCGGUUGCUGGAAAUGGCCUGGCUUAUUUAUUCAAAUUCACUGCGACUGGGCUGAUGACGUAA